UCUUUGAGGCGGUGUCAUCUUUGAAGUGUAGCGUCUGAUCAUGGCCGAUGUGCAGAACCUCGUCAACAACUCAGUUGACAUGGAGAAAUCCGUUUUCGAACCUCCACAAGACUUACGCAAUGAAGCGCAUGUCAAAUCAUUGGAACAGUAUCAGCAACUGUAUAAAAAAUCAGUUGAUCAUCCGGAAGAAUUUUGGAGUGACAUUGCUAAACAAUUUUACUGGAAGAAUUUUACAACUGACAAAUUCUUGGAAUACAAUUUUGAUGUAAGAAAUGGACCAAUCUUUGUUCGAUGGAUGAAGGGAGCAACGACAAACAUAUGCUACAAUGCAAUCGAUAGACAUAUUGAAAAUGGUCUGAGUGACAAAAUUGCAUUUUUUUGGGAAGGCAAUAAUCCUGAAGAUCAUGAUCGGAUUACCUACGGCAAGCUUCUUGAAGAGGUCUGCAAAUGUGCCAAUGUCCUGAAAUCAUUAGGUGUAAAGAAGGGUGAUCGUGUAGCCAUCUACAUGCCCAUGAUAUUAGAGCUUUCCAUUUGUCUCUUGGCUUGUGCUAGAAUUGGUGCUAUUCAUUCCAUAGUGUUUGGUGGCUACUCUUCUCUCUCAAUUGCUGAACGUGUGUGUGAUGGUCGAGCAAAGAUUAUAUUUAUAGGAGAUGGUGUUUGGAGAGGAACAAAACUACUGAAUCUCAAAGAAAUAGUUGACAAUGCAGUCAAGUUGUGUGAUGACAGGGGGCAUACAGUGGAGAAAUGCAUUAUAGUACGACAUUUGAGCCCAGAGAAUGAAAUUAUUGUGCAUGAUGAUGUUAAUGGUGAUCAGGAUCAGGAACCACCAGCCAAGAGGCCUUACAACAAAUUUAAGAUCAACUGGCAUUCUGGCCGUGAUGUGUGGUGGCAUGAGGUGAUGGCGAAGUCAUCCCCAGUGUGUGAACCAGAGUGGAUGGAUGCUGAAGACCCCCUCUUCAUGCUCUACACCAGUGGUUCUACUGGUAAACCCAAGGGUGUGUUACAUACAGUUGGAGGAUACAUGCUGUACUCUACCACCACAUUCAAGUAUGUCUUUGACUACCACCCGUCUGAUGUGUUCUGGUGCACUGCAGAUGUGGGCUGGAUUACAGGACAUACCUAUGUCUGCUACGGCCCACUCUGCAAUGGGGCAACAGGAAUAAUUUUUGAAGGUGUGCCUUUGUAUCCUGAUGCUGGUAGAUUCUGGGAAAUUGUUGACAAGUACAAGGUUACAAAGUUCUACACAGCACCUACUGCCAUUCGAACUCUUAUGAAGUUUGGUGAUGAACACGUCACAAAACAUUCAAGAAAAUCACUGAAAAUACUGGGGACUGUUGGAGAGCCAAUCAACCCAGAAGCAUGGUUGUGGUACCACCGAGUGGUGGGCAACGAGAAAUGUGCAGUUGUGGACACUUUCUGGCAGACUGAAACUGGAGGCCAUGUUCUGACACCAUUACCAGGAGCAAUCCCUACAAAACCGGGAUCAGCUUGUGUUCCAUUCUUUGGUAUAGUUCCAGAAAUCUUAUCAGAAAAUGGAGAAACAAUUCCGAAAAAUUCAAACAAAGAAGGUUACUUGGUAUUCAAACAACCGUGGCCCGGAAUAAUGAGAACAGUGUAUGGAAACCAUGAGAGGUUUGAAACGACUUACUUCAAGAAAUUCCCUGGGUAUUACUGCACAGGAGAUGGUGCACGUCAGGACAAAGACGGCUACAUUUGGAUCACAGGCCGUAUUGACGACAUGGUCAACGUGUCGGGACAUCUGCUGAGCACAGCGGAAGUGGAAUCAGCACUGAUUGAACACGAGGCAGUCACCGAGGCAGCCUCUGUUUCACAUCCACACGAAAUAAAGGGUGACUGCAUAUACUGCUUUGUCACUCUCAAGGAGGGAUUUCAAUUUACUGAUGAACUCCUCUCGGAACUGAAGAACAUUGUGAGAAAAAAAAUUGGACCAUUUGCCCAACCUGAUUUUAUCCAGAAUGCACCUGCACUGCCAAAAACAAGGUCAGGAAAAAUAAUGCGACGAAUUCUGAGAAAAGUAGCUGUGGGUGACGCUGAACUUGGCGAUAUCUCAACACUUGCUGAUGAAUCCGUUGUUGACAUCUUGUUCAAACUCCGACCAAAAGAAGCUUAAAAAUGAUUAGCUCUUCACAUGCUAAGGGUAGUUGAAGGAAUUAUUUUAUUACCUAUACAAGUAUUUGUGAUGUACUGAACUGAAUACUGUUUGAAAUGUGCAGUUUAUCAAUGUCUGUAUUUUGUGUAUAUUGUGAUGAUUGUUGGGUCUUUUCUAGAAGUUAAAAUGAAACUAAGUGUUUUUAAAUUGAUACAUGGUUUUGAUAAGAGUGGUUUCAUUGAAAACUUUAAAAAAUAGUGCAUAAUUUGUAGAAAAAUGUGGAAGUAAAAUUUGUUGUCAAAAAUUAAAUAUGAUAAAGCUAUUUUGUACAAUAUUAAUUUGGGUAAUGUGGAAGUCAUUAUAAUAAUUUUACAUUUCUGUUCUACCAAAUAGAUUUGGAAUAGUAUUGUUUUAACCAAAUCUGCUUUUCCUUAUCCAUUCCAUUUGUAUUGCUAGUUACAUGUGGUUGUUCAGUUCAUAUUCUGAACACGUCAUUAAUGUGAUGAUAAUCUAAAUGUGUGUAUAGUCAUGAAUUUUAGUGGAAAUCCAAACCUUCUUAGUUUAAUGUUAUGCUUCAGAAAAGGCAGCAUUUAAUCGCAUUUUUAUAUCACAAAUUAAUGCUACAAGAUUAUCUAACAUGCAGUCCUGAUUGCUAAUAACUGUAAAAGUAGUUAAUUAUUCUACUAAUAUUCAGAACUUUGCACACAAAUUAAUACAGCUUUUGGGGGUUUUUAGGUUAAAAAGUGCUGAUUAUGGGUUGAUUUUUUGUCUUAAUUAAUUUCAAGAGAUUUGGCUGGAACUACAUAAGACUCUUGAAUAUAUUUGCUUAAGAAUAAGAGUGUAUUUGAAAACAGUUAUAUGGAAAUAUUUACAAAUAAGGCUGCCAACUGAAAGAAUGUUAUAUUCUUUCAUUUAUCCAUGUCAUGAUAUGAUGCAGCAGCCUAACAUAGAUUAUUAUGGAAGAAGAAAAAUGUAUUAAUGAUGUCCUUGAUGCUAUUCAGGAAGCCAAUCUGAUGCAUUAUACAGGUUCUUAAUAUCGCAGGAGAAAAUGUGAUCACAAUUUGUUUAUGCAAUUAAUGAAUCAUGUUGUUAAGAAAUGUCUCAAUGUCUCUUUGAGCCAAAUUUACAUGGCCCGUUUUUGUCUUACAUGCAUUAACUACAUAUAUUUACAAUGCUUUAACACUUACGCUUAAAAAAAAUGGGCUUAGUAAAUCGGUCCUCUGUGAUUUUUUCAUCAGAAUAAAGAUCAAAAUGGUUUAAAAAUUAUUAUUAAAUUGUUUUUAAGUUGGCCAUGUAUUGAGAUAUAGAUCUAUAUUAAAUGUCUGCAAUUGUAGCCAGUCAGAUUAAUGGCAUUGGUGUAUUUUGUAAACAAACGCAACAAUGGCAGGAUGAACAAUUACUCACUUUGAAUGUAAAUGUAGUUUAUGGUAUCUUAGGCCCGAUUUCUCGUUGACCGCUCAAAGCAGCUAGGUUUAAACCUUCGGUCACGAUCAACUAAGCCUAGUUCAUAAUAAACCAUGAUUCAUUUCAAAUCCUAUUUCACGUGCGAAAUCAUUGUCUCGCUCAACUAAACCAGGCUGUUCCAUGAAACGGACAUUCCAUGUACCCCUUCAUAUGUUCAUGUUUUGUUUCUUUUUGCCAGUAAUGACAGCCCGUAAUAACAAUUAUACCUUAUAUGAACGAGAAAUACUUAUUUCUAUUAUUAGUGAACAUAGGGAUGUUGUCGAGGAUAAAAAAAAACACCCAACAAACAGCAGAAGUAAAGGGAAAUAGAACGUGCAUGGACGACAAUAACCACUAAAUUCAAUGCAAUUCAAGGCACCCGAAAUCGUACAACUAAACAAUUAAAAGGAUGCUGGAAAAAAGUCGCAGAGUCUUGCGUCAAAACAGCAAAGAUGUAUAAUAUUGUUCUAAACACUUUGCUAGAAAAGAGAACUGAUUCAUAUUCUGCAGUUAUAGUUGGAUACUCUAGAAAACAUACCGACUUUCAGACAAUCUGUAUAUUCAAUAUUGUCCAGAUAUAAAAAAAAUGUUUUGUUUAACACCACCACUAGAACACACUGAUUAAUUAAUCAUCGGCUGUUGGAUGUCAAACGUUUGGUAAUUCUAACACGUUUUCAGACGAAAGUCAGUACAGUUUCCAUUAGUAGCAAGAUACGUUUAUAUGCACUUUCCCACAAACAGGACAGCACAUACCAUGGCCUUUGUCUAUACCAGUCGUGGGACAGAAAAACCCUAACAUUUUAGUAACUCAUUAAAGCAUAUUGAAGUAAUAAAAAACACUUUAUAACAAGAUGUUAAAACAUUUAUGACCAAAUUUCUAAUUACGAAUUGUUAUAAACCUACAUGUGACCUUGGGAGGGGUAAAAAAUGAUGCUAAACGCAUGUUAUAGAUCUUUGGAAAGGUAUUCUAAAGCAUAACAUGACAGGAAUGGUUUCGUAUUGAAUUUCAAAAAUAAUAUUUUAUCUCCCCCUCCACCCCACACACACAGACUGCUGUUGAAAAAUGUUUGUUUCAUAACAUCUAUCUCGUCUCCAGAUAAUGUAUUCCCGUCUCCAGAUAAUGUAUUCCCUAUGUCAUGCUGCAAUGACUAAAAUGGUGCGACAGAUAGCACGGUUUGCAUUUGCUAUACUCAUAGAAGUUAAAUCCGCACAUACUAUUUGAAAUGAUCCUGUUUCAAGAAACCUCAAAGUGACCAAUAGUUAUUGCAUAAGUGUAAUGUUAUGGCCCCUCUUUAUACGUUGUAAUUGAUUACGAAAGAUAAUUUCCAAGUUAUGCACACCUUCUUUGGUAAAACGGAACCGCUGCAGAAAUUCUUCGUCACUGUAUACAUCAAAUGGGUUAAACUGUAAUCUACAAACACACAGUAUGUUGAAUAUACGCCUAUUUUCUAGCAUUAUUUCCAUAUCGUCAACGUCCGAGUCCGCCAUAUUUCCAUGGAUCAAGGCCGUAAACCCCCGAUUUGGAGGUUUAACUUUAACCUGGUUCAAGAAGAUUUUGAUCCAAGAUUCAAAUUUGAUUUGUAACGAGAAAUGAGAAUUUUAGUUGAGCCGAGUUUGAACGGAGUUUAAACCGCGAAUCGGGUUUAAACCGGCGACGAGAAAUCGGCCCUUAGAGUAUUUUUAUAUGUAAAAUGUGUUUUACGUUCAAAAUUCUCAUACUGUUUGUUAAAGAUGUUGAAAAAUAUUUUGUUGUUUUUAAUACUUUGCAAUGCUGUAGUAGUAUACAGUUAUUACGGGUAUUACAUAUACGUUUUAUAUGUUUUGUGUAUUACUGCAUUGAAUCAUGCAGACUUGGUCAUUAUUAGAUAGUGUUAAUUUCUAACAACUCAGUUUCUACUGAUCUCUGAGAAUAGUUUGAAUCAAUGUUUAAUGUUGAAUAAUGUUUUAAACAUCAUUUUCAUUGAUACCUUAUUUUGUUAAAAUGAAUUACAUGGCAAAGUAAUGAAAACUGAAGACAUUCUCCCCUCAACUAAACUGCUUUUUAUCAUUUUUAAUAGGAUAGCAUUUACAAAGAUUUGUUGUAAAAACAUGAGAAAAAAAAGGCAGCCGAUUUAGAAUUAAUAUAGACAGUAUUAUAGUCAGCCACUGGCUACAAAUGAAAAAGCUGCUAUGCUUACUGAAUGUAAAAUAAAGAUAAACUUUAAAUAUUAAUACCAGUUUAAGAAAAAAUAUAAUGAUUGUUUUUCAAAGUUUGUUGUAUUGUUAAUGUUGGAACUACUUAGAUAUUUACUAUAUAUAAAGUGUCACAGUUAAAGCUGUUGAUAAUAACAUGAAUAUUGUGCUACAUCAAACAUGAAAAUAGUUUUUUUCUUUGCUAGAAAAUGUGAAUGGCAGUUAUCUCUUAAUACUAAGUGAACAUGACUAGGAUUUGUGUUAUUUUAGAACUGAAUUAUGUGAUUUAUUUUUCAUUUGAAACAUGGCGGAAUAUUGGAAAUUCUAAUGUGCAAGCAAUGUAAUUUCUUUUAAAAUUUGCAUUGAUGGCUUACAUUAAUAAAGCAAAAAGCAUAUGCAAUUACAAUUUAGCAUCUGCCAUUAACAUAAUUUUUAGUAUGUUAUAACCACAUGGCAAAUUUGUAUUGGUGUAGAUUGUUUUGAUACUUUGGAAUCGCAAAUUCUGAUACCAAUUCUGUGGAGCAAAUUUUCUUGUUUGUUGAUCUGUGAUUAAGACAUUUUAAUGAUCAUUAUAUUGAAUUGCAGUCGGAAAGCUUUUAUAUAUAUUUGGAAGUAUUUACUCGCCCCCAUUUUAUAUUUGACCACCUUUUUUUUCUAAAUCACUAGUUAUAAUAAAUCACUACAUCGUAAGACUAUUACCCAUGCUCAGAAGCAUUUUUAACAUUUUCUUAGUAAAGCAUUUUAACGAAAAUUCAAAAUAUAUAACUCACAUAUUUUUAAAUUAUGACUUGAAACCCUUUUCAGCUUAAUUUGAACUUUUUUUAUAUAAAAAAACCCAAACAUUAGUUGCACUUUGUUAUUUUAUUUGUUUUACUGAUGUGAUAUGUCAAUAUUAAAAAACUUAAAUUAUGUAUCGCUUUUAAUCAUAGACGGGAACUUGAAUAGGAAAAUUGCAUGUGAACUCUAGUACCGUGGAAGGUCUUCAGUAUAUAUAUAUAUAUAUAUAUAUAUAUAUAUAUAUAUAUAUAUAUAUAUAUAUAUAUAUUCAGGGGCUAUAUUAUAAAAACUGCAAGAUAAUCAUAUAGUCAGUAUUACUAAUAGGAAGAGGUAAGUUUUUCAUUUCCAAAAUACUUGAUAUUUUGAUCACUUGUAACAAUAUAAGACAUAUAUUGGUUUAGGGUUGUGUUUGUGAAAAACUAUGCAAAAUUACCAUAAUUUUGUUUUGAAUUAUUUCAUCAAUAUAAAGUAUAUAAAGUAUAUAUAUAAAGUUAUGCAAGUGGCAAUAUGACAUGGUAUACAGGACUUUGAUUGGCACACCAAAACACCACAAUUUUGAACUGAAUAAUAAAAGAAACAUGUUUGUUUGUGGAAUUGAAUAAUGCCCCAAAUCUGUCUUAGAUGAACAUUAUAUUGUCGAGUAACAAAAUUAGUAAUUGAAAAGGGUAAAUAUUGACAAUAUUUUAAAUAUUUUCUAAAAGAAAAGGAGGAUAAAAAUGUUAUACUGAUUUGAAAACUGUUCUCCUGUUUGUUUUACUACCAGUAUUCUAUAUACAGUAUGUAUCAUUUUAAUAUCAAAAUUGUCAUUGAUUUUUCAGAAAGCUGUUGCCUAGAGGACUCUAUAUUGUAAAUCAUAAAAUAUUAUUGAUCUUAAAAUUUAGCAAAAACCAAAUGAAUGGCAAGUGUCAUAAAACUUCAGCAAGGUCAUCAUAUCAUACUAAAUUUGUUUUUGUAACCUGCAGUUGUGUGAUCAGCUUAAAUAUAUUUUUAAUACAUUUUUAUACUAUCAGGGUUUGUAUCCUUUUGAACAUGUGAAAUUCCAUGACUACUGCCUAGUUUCCCAUGACCUAUCUUGCACACAUUUACAUAAUAUUACUUCUAUUACUUAUUAUUUUUUAUUAUUUUACAUUUUUCGAGAACAAACUUUUGAACAUGUGCAGUCAUUCAGUUGAAGUAUAACAAAUGAGUAGCAACCAGCAGAAUGGUCCACUUCUGACGUUCAUUUCAUAUAUUCAUGCACAAAACAAUCUGGCAUUAUUCCAUGGUUUUCCAGGAUUUUUCAUGAAUGUACAAGCUUACAGACAACUUGCAUUUAGGAACUGCAGUAAUGUAUAUGUUAACUAACUGUUGUUUCCUAUCAUUUUGGUUUAAUCAAUAGCAUAUAACCAUUGUUGUGAGUAAAUUAAUCACAGAAAAAAAUCACACAAAAUUAAUAUUAGUGUCUUAAGAUGGCCUCGCUAAAUUCGUUAUUAUUUAUGCUCACUAACAUUUUAUGAUUCACACAAAAUUAAUAUUAGUGUCUUAAGAUGGCCUCGCUAAAUUCGUUAUUAUUUAUGCUCACUAACAUUUUAUGAUUUACAAUACAUACAUACUAAUUAUUAGAAUAUUAUUCAAAGAAAUUGUACUACGAUUUAAUAUGACAGUUCUUUAAGAAAUGAAAUCUUAAAGUUACAAUUUAGGUCAUGCAUUUUUAGUGCUCUGUUCAGGUGGUUUUGUUUGUUUCCAAGGGUAAGUUUUGAUAGUGCUCUUAGGUAUGGUUUUGAUAGGCAGAACCAAUUUAUUAUUUUGUACAUAAAUGUAUAGACUGAAUUUGUAGUGGGUAUACAUGUACUUUGUUUUACACAUUACAGGUGCAAUUCAUUAUAUUAUGCUUGAACUUUAUAUAUCUAAAAACAUUGAAGUAUAGUCAAACUACAAGAAUACAUACAUAGCUUGAACAUUAAAUGGUUUAGUUUUCCAAGACAAGUGUCUCUUUUUCCUGUGCAAUUUUAUAACUACACAUAUUACAAAUAUCUGCAUAAAUUAAAAUGUAGCAGU